CCAUGGAUGCUAUUUUCCUUACCCUCCUCAUAUUAUGUUCAAGCGCGCUUGGUGCCAUAUACGAGAGGUUCGAAGAUCUUCCUACUCAGAAUUAUGACUUCAUUAUCAUCGGAGGUGGAACUGCGGGGAAUGUUCUUGCAAACCGUUUGACAGAGGAUGAUCACGUCUCCGUGCUCGUACUUGAAGCUGGCAGAUCGACGGCUGAUGUUCUCCUCUCUGAGGUUCCGUUCUUUUGCCUUGACAUAACUCCCGGAACCCCCUGGGAAUGGAAUUUUACCACAACUGAACAACCAGGAUUGAAUGGACGUUCUGUUCCGUUUCCUAGAGGAUUUGGAUUGGGAGGGAGUAGUGCAGUCAAUUAUAUGUUCUACACACGUGGUUCGUCUCAAGAUUACGAUCGUUAUGCGCAGAUCAGUGGCGACCCUGGUUGGGGAUGGGAGGCUUUGCAGCCGUACAUUCAAAAGAAUGAACGCUUUGUCCCCUCUAGCGAUCACCACAACACCACUGGUCAGUUCAAUCCUGCGGUCCAUGGCUUCAACGGCAUCAACUCGGUGUCUCUCCCUGGAGUCCAGCGAGCUACGGAUAGCCGCGUCAUUCAAACUACGUCGGAGCUUCUGGACGAUUAUCCAUUCAAUUUGGAUUACAAUUCCGGGUACCAAUUAGGAAUUGGAUGGACUCAAUACACAAUUGGAAAUGGGACUCGAAGCAGCUCACAGACAUCUUAUCUUGGACCCAUGUAUAUCGGACGGCCAAAUUUGCAUGUCCUGACCCAUGCCUACGAUGCAGGAGCAACUAUGCAUACCCUGGUACCAGCUGGUCUCAAAGAACUCAUUCUCUCUGCCGGAUCUGUAGGCACCCCGCACAUCCUUCUCCACUCUGGCAUCGGCGACAAAACCGAACUAAAAGCUAUAGGGAUCACACCGACGCUUCAUCUUCCCGACGUUGGAAAGAAUUUGACAGACCAUACCGUAUUGACCAUCAGCUUCUUCGUUAACGACACGGACACUAUCGAGAACAUCUAUUUCAGAAAUGCGACAUUUCAAGCAGAGGCCUUAGCAGAGUGGCGAGCGAACCGAACUGGCUUUUUAUCAACGGGAAUAUCAAACCAGGUAGGGUUCCUCCGUGUUCCUGAAGAAGCUGGUAUAUUGGACGGAGAUCCAUGCGCGGGAAAUGAGACCGCGCACUACGAAUUUAUUUUCGGGAAUGGCAUCCUCUUGGAUCCUCCUCCUCCAGGAAACUUCUUUUCUAUCGGCAUCGCAGAUAUAUGCCCUCUAUCCCGCGGGAAUAUCACAGUUAACAGUACGAACCCUAUGGAUCCGCCACUCAUCAAUCCAAACUAUUUCUCGCAUGCUCAAGAUCUUGCUAUUAUGCAAUAUGCUGCCGAGAGUGCGAAGAAGUUUGUUACUGCUGCGGUAUGGGACGGCUACAUACUUGGCGUCACUGCGAAUACUACCGAAAAUGAUAUCCGGAAUGGUGCUAGCAGCGUAUUCCAUCCUGUGGGUACCGCCAGUAUGUCACCCGCCGGUGCCAAUUGGGGCGUAGUAAACCCGGAUUUGAAGUUGAAGGGCGCGAAGGGAGUGAGAAUUGUAGAUGCUUCAAUUUUGCCACUCAUACCCGCGGCUCAUACUCAGGUUCCGGUAUAUCUAAUCGCAGAGAGGGCUGCCGAUUUAAUCAAAGCAGAUAUAUAAUGUUUGUC